AUGAAAAGAGGUCUCCUUGUUAGUGAAGGUAAACAGCACAUUGACCCAGAUGACAUAGAUAUUCAGGAAACUCAGAGACUCAUCGAGAUGUAUCCAGUUGUUGUGAGUAGACAUUUUAUGGUACGUGUUAACGCGCUAAUGCAGUUUCUUAAAACUGAUACUGAAAUAUUUGGCGGUAAAGUUAAAGAUCAUUGGUGGCGAAUCGAGUUUCAGAACAGAGGAAGUCCUCAUUUGCAUAUGGUUGUUUGGAUCGAAGAUCACCCAUCUGUUGCGACACCUGAAGGAAUAGCUCGCAUUGAUUCAGUCUGUAGUACUGCCAUUCCUCCAGAAACUUCAGAACUAUAUGAAUUAGUUAAAAAUUGUCAAAUACAUCGACACACUAGUACCUGCACGAAAAAUAAUUCUGUUUGUCGUUUCAACUUUCCACGCUCGGAAUGCUUAGAGACACAUGUUAUUGAUCCUUCAUCUAACGAAUUCAUCUACAACGGUGGUCGCAUUUGCGUUCUGAAAAGAAAAAGUGAAGAUGGUUGGGUAAAUAAUUACAGUCCUGCUUUGCUAAAAAUGUGGAAAGCCAAUAUGGAUAUACAACCGUGUAGUACAAAUGAGUCGAUUGCGUAUUACAUCGCUAAAUACGUGUCAAAAUCAGAACCUACAAACCUAGAUGGUGAAGUAUCUCGAGUUAUUCAAUAA